CAAAAGUGACUAAGACACGAUCCCAAGAAGUAUUAAGGCCUCACGAAGAAGCCCGCCCAUAUGAAAAAAUAAUAGAAGCCCCAAUAAAUAAACUUCUACAAAAGGAAAGAACAAUUAGUGAACGGGAUCUACAAUCUGGAUAA